CAGAACUCUCAACUAUUGCAACUAUGGCUCUCACUUGCACCGACAUUCCAAAGUUCCUCUGCGCUCUGCUUCUUCCACCAAUCGGAGUCUGGCUCGAGAAGGGAUGCACUUACCACUUGGCCAUCAACAUUCUUCUCACCAUCCUCGGAUAUAUUCCCGGAAUCAUCCACGCUUGCUACGUCAUCCUCGCCUACUAAGCUUAUCAUGCAAAGCUUCACAAUCAUGACGCCAUCAUCAGCAAUUCGGAUCGUAUUCUUUUUUUCAAUCAAAUGCUCUUUUCCUCUCAAAAAAUCUCCCCAUCAUCUCAUAAUAUUGGUUUCAAUUUCUCGUGAUUUAGUUACCUUUAUGUUGAACUGAAUUUCAUCCAUUUCCUUCUCUGUAAACGAAUAAAGGUACGAACAAGUAA